CCGCCACUCGUUGUUGAGGCAGAGCGCGGCGGCAGCAUGUCCGGCAGGGGCAAGGGCGGGAAGGGGCUCGGCAAGGGGGGCGCCAAGCGGCACCGCAAGGUGCUGCGCGACAACAUCCAGGGCAUCACCAAGCCGGCCAUCCGGCGCCUGGCGCGGCGCGGCGGCGUCAAGCGCAUCUCGGGGCUCAUCUACGAGGAGACGCGCGGCGUGCUCAAGGUCUUCCUGGAGAACGUGAUCCGCGACGCCGUCACCUACACCGAGCACGCCAAGCGCAAGACGGUCACGGCCAUGGACGUGGUCUACGCCCUCAAGCGCCAGGGACGCACCCUCUACGGCUUCGGCGAAAAGGCUCUCAGAUCGGAAAUGGCGCGCACGAAGCAGACGGCGCGUAAGUCGACGGGCGGGAAGGCGCCCCGCAAGCAGCUGGCCACCAAGGCGGCCCGCAAGAGCGCGCCGGCCACGGGCGGCGUGAAGAAGCCGCACCGCUACCGGCCCGGCACGGUGGCGCUGCGCGAGAUCCGCCGCUACCAGAAGUCGACGGAGCUGCUGAUCCGCAAGCUGCCCUUCCAGCGGCUGGUGCGCGAGAUCGCGCAGGACUUCAAGACCGACCUGCGCUUCCAGAGUUCGGCCGUGAUGGCGCUGCAGGAGGCGAGCGAGGCCUACCUGGUGGGGCUCUUCGAGGACACCAACCUGUGCGCCAUCCACGCCAAGCGCGUCACCAUCAUGCCCAAGGACAUCCAGCUCGCCCGCCGCAUCCGCGGGGAGCCUAAGUCCGCGCCCGCGCCCAAGAAGGGCUCCAAGAAAGCCGUCACCAAGACCCAGAAGAAGGGCGACAAGAAGCGUAGAAAGACCAGGAAGGAGAGCUACUCGAUCUACGUGUACAAGGUGCUGAAGCAGGUGCACCCCGACACGGGCAUCUCGUCCAAGGCCAUGGGCAUCAUGAACUCCUUCGUCAACGACAUCUUCGAGCGCAUCGCCGGCGAGGCGUCGCGCCUGGCGCACUACAACAAGCGCUCGACCAUCACCUCGCGGGAGAUCCAGACGGCCGUGCGGCUCCUGCUGCCCGGCGAGCUGGCCAAGCACGCCGUCUCCGAGGGCACCAAGGCGCUCCUUGUCCUUCAGUGCCGGGAGGCUGCUCCGGGGGAGAUGGCGCGCACGAAGCAGACGGCGCGUAAGUCGACGGGCGGGAAGGCGCCCCGCAAGCAGCUGGCCACCAAGGCGGCCCGCAAGAGCGCGCCGGCCACGGGCGGCGUGAAGAAGCCGCACCGCUACCGGCCCGGCACGGUGGCGCUGCGCGAGAUCCGCCGCUACCAGAAGUCGACGGAGCUGCUGAUCCGCAAGCUGCCCUUCCAGCGGCUGGUGCGCGAGAUCGCGCAGGACUUCAAGACCGACCUGCGCUUCCAGAGCUCGGCCGUGAUGGCGCUGCAGGAGGCGAGCGAGGCCUACCUGGUGGGGCUCUUCGAGGACACCAACCUGUGCGCCAUCCACGCCAAGCGCGUCACCAUCAUGCCCAAGGACAUCCAGCUCGCCCGCCGCAUCCGCGGGGAGCGCGCUUGCCCGGGGCGGGCGGCGCCGGGGCAGAAAGCGGCCGAACGCCCGGCUCGGCUGCCGGCCCGCGGGAGGGGAGCGGAGGGAGCGGAGAGCAGCGAGCGAGGCAGGGCGGAGCCUGCGGGCGUGCCCCCGCCCCCUCGGCGCCCGCCGCAGUUCUCAACCAGGUCGGACCCCGCCACUUAUACCGCGGCCCGGCGGGGCUGGCGGCGCGCAGUGUGGUGUGCGGGCGGAGCAAGCAUGUCUGGCAGAGGCAAGGGCGGGAAGGGGCUCGGCAAGGGGGGCGCCAAGCGGCACCGCAAGGUGCUGCGCGACAACAUCCAGGGCAUCACCAAGCCGGCCAUCCGGCGCCUGGCGCGGCGCGGCGGCGUCAAGCGCAUCUCGGGGCUCAUCUACGAGGAGACGCGCGGCGUGCUCAAGGUCUUCCUGGAGAACGUGAUCCGCGACGCCGUCACCUACACCGAGCACGCCAAGCGCAAGACGGUCACGGCCAUGGACGUGGUCUACGCCCUCAAGCGCCAGGGACGCACCCUCUACGGCUUCGGCGGCUAAACUCUCUUCUCAUACCAUACACUCUUAAACAAAGGCUCUUUUCAGAGCCGCCCACGAAUUUCACAACGAGAGCUGUUGAUUACUCCCUUCAUUUAGGGCAAGUCACUACGCUUAUAACUUUCUUUUACAAACCCAAGUACGGUGUUUAUAAAUAGUCCCAGAAAGCAGGAACAACAGUUCAAAUGUAUAGCGUACUAUGUGCACACUGAGUUCUGAUACUACAUUUCGUUAGUAAAAACGCGUUACAUAUUUCGCUACGUUUUUGAAUAAACUUUUUGC